AUGGCUUCCAGAUCUUUACCCACGUCGCUAACACGCCGCUUGCUUGCAACGACACGCUCUGCGCGCAUACCGGCUCGCAGCUUUGCAUGCGCACCCUCACGGACACGUUCGCUAUGGCAGUCACAUCGCCCCGCCGUCCGGAUUGCUGGACAAAGACGAGCUUUUUCGUCUACGCCACGAACACAUCUUGCCACUGAAGACGACACCUUUGACCCACGAUCGAUUGAACGCGAGGCGGACGAGGUCGACGUGCUCAUCGUGGGCGGUGGCCCCGCGGGGCUAUCGGCCGCCAUCAAGCUCAAGCAAUUGGCGAACGCAGCGGGCAAUGAAGACUUUAGGGUCUUGCUGUUAGAAAAGGCCGGUGAGCUGGGCGACCACAUUGUGUCUGGAAAUGUCAUCGAGCCGUCUGCCCUCGAUGAGCUAUUGCCGAACUGGCGCUCAGAAGACAACCCCGAGCGCUUCUUCGACAUAACGCCUGCAAAAGAAGACCGCAUGCGCUUCCUCACCAAAAACAACGCUAUCCCUCUACCGAAACCACCCCAGAUGAACAAUCACGGCAACUUCAUAAUAAGCCUGAACCAAAUGGUCAAAUGGCUGGGGGAGCGAGCCGAGGAAGUGGGUGUAGAGAUAUAUCCCGGGUUUGCAGCAUCUGAGAUUUUAUACAACCACGAGGGUGUAGUCAAAGGUGUUGCCACAAACGAUCUCGGCAUCUCACGCGAGGGCAAAGCAAAGGACUCUUUCGAACGCGGCAUGGAGUUCCAUGCGCGCGUUACCUUGCUUGGUGAAGGGUGCCACGGUAGUCUAUCGAAGCAAGUGAUCAAGAAGUACGACCUCAGGAGAGACAGUCAACACCAAACAUAUGGCCUUGGCAUCAAGGAAGUAUGGGAGGUCCAGCCAGAAAAGUUCCAGUCUGGCCUUGUGGUUCACUCAAUGGGUUACCCAUUACCCAAAGACACAUAUGGUGGUGGUUGGAUGUACCACUUUGGCGAAAACCUGGUUAGUAUAGGUCUUGUGGUCGGUCUCGAUUACCCGAACCCAUGGCUAGCACCAUAUGGCGAAUUCCAGAAGAUGAAGCAUCAUCCAUUGUACAAAGACGUGCUGGAGGGAGGCAAGUGCAUUUCUUAUGGCGCAAGGACUCUUAUCGAAGGUGGCUACCAGUCAAUACCGAAGCUUGCCUUCCCUGGAGGAGCGCUCCUUGGCGACUCAGCUGGUCUAGUCAAUGUACCGAAGAUUAAGGGCACACACACUGCCAUGCGGUCGGGCAUGUUGGCGGCUGAGGCGACGUGGGAUGCGCUACAAGGUAACACAGAUGGUGGUACCGUCUUUCUGUUCGAUUACGAAGACAAGAUGCGAAAAUCCUCUGUGUUUUCUGAGCUCAAAACUGUACGCAACAUGCGACCAUCCUUCCAUACAUCGCUGGGUAUCUAUGGUGGUGUCAUUUAUUCUGGACUGGAGGCAUACGUGUUCCGGGGCAAAACGCCAUGGACUCUAAAGCACGGCAAGGCUGAUCACGCGAAUACCAAAGCCGCCGACGAAUGCCCUAAGAUCGAGUACCCUAGGCCCGACGGCAAAAUCAGCUUCGACAUUCUCACUAGCGUAAGUCGAAGUGGUACAAAUCACGAGGAGGACCAGCCAUGCCAUCUCCAAGUCAAGGACUGGGACGCACAUGCGCAAAAGGAGUGGCCCAAGUACAAGGGUGUAGAAAACCGAUUCUGCCCUGCUGGUGUGUAUGAGUAUGUGGAGGACGACAGCAAAGAGCUUGGCGUUCGAUUCCAGAUUAACGCCCAAAAGUGA